AUGCAAUACAAGACCGGAGUAGCCACCGCCGCCCUGCUGAGCGCCACUGCCCUCGCAGCCAACUCCACCACUAGUGUGCCUUCCUCCUGUUCCAUCAAGUCCGGUUCCACCGUCACUGCGCAGGCCCAACUUGACCAGUACUCUGGAUGCCAGUCUCUGGUCGGUGACCUGAACAUCGGUGGUGACUCCUUGACCGGCUCCGCCUCCCUCGCCAACGUCGAGGAGAUCGACGGUUCUUUGAAUGUCGUCAACGCCACCCAGUUGGUUUCCUUUGCUGCCGACAAGCUGAGCUCCAUCUCGGGUUCUUUGAGCAUGAAGCAGUUGACUCUGCUGCAGUCUGCCUCUUUCGGCUCUCUGCAGGAGGUUGACACCAUCCAAUUCAUCACCCUGCCCGCUAUCAGCAGCAUUGCCACCAACCUGAAGUCUCUGAAUAGUCUGGAGAUUUCUGACACCAACUUGGAGUCCAUCGACGGUUUCAACAACUUGGAGACUGUCACCGACUUCAACGUCAACAACAACAAGAACCUCGCCAAGAUCGACUCCAAAUUGAAGUCAGUGUCUGACUCUUUGCAGGUUGGUUACAACGGUGACGAGGCCGAUGUCAAGUUCGACAACUUGGUCUGGGCUAACAACAUCACCCUGCGUGAUGUCAGCUCCGCCUCUUUCGCGAAAUUGACCAAGGUCAACCAGUCUCUUGGCUUCAUCAACAACUCCAUCGAGUCCCUGAACCUGUCUGUUGGUACCGUCGGUGGUACUUUGACCGUUGUUUCUAACGACGACUUGACUGACCUCGACUUCUCCAACUUGACCUCUGUUGCUGGUGGUGUUGUCGUUGCCAACAACUCCAAGCUCUCCAACAUUGACGGUUUGAGCAAGUUGCAGACUAUCGGCGGUGCUUUGACCGUUAUCGGUAACUUCUCUGUCUUGGACCUCGACUCUCUUAAGUCUGUCAAGGGUGGUGCCGACGUUGAGACAAAGUCUUCCAACUACACUUGCGACUCUUUGAAGAAGUUACAGAAGAACAAUGCCAUCCAGGGUGACGCUUUCGUUUGCAAGAACGGUGCUACCUCUACUUCGAUCAAGUUGAGCUCCGCUUCUGGUUCCGAGACCGCCUCCGAGUCUAGCGCUUCCAGCGGAACCAAGACCGCUACUGCCUCUACCAUCUCUUCGAAGAGCUCCUCUUCCAAGUCGAGUGGUGGCGCUGGUGCUCAAAUGGCCCCUGUUUCCUUCAUGGGUGCUGUCGCCGCUGUUGCCGUUGCCUUGUUGUAA